AUGUCCAGCCCUCAUGAGACCUGGCUCUCACAACAGGGUUUGCCACCUGAAAGAUCUUACUCGAAGUGUGUAUUUACUUUUCCACGACAGUCUGUAAUGAUUACUGAUAGAAGAGCAGAGCAAUUAGCGCACGGUGGUCUACUCAAUCUCUUCGCUGCCCAGGAGUUGAAGGCACGCCAGGCACUAUCUGAUGAUGAAUUAGCCCUGGGACUCACUGAACAUACAGACGGACCAUUCUGCCCCCCUGCGCCUAUCUGUCCCAGUCCGCCCAACCGUUACCGGAGUUUCGGCGGAGAGUGUAACAACCCUUCAUUUCCAACUUGGGGCGCCGUCCAUACUGGCUUCGAGAGAUUACUCCCACCAGACUAUAGUGACGGUGGUAUACUGCCUAGUGCCCGUGCAGUCAGCAAUGCUUUAAUCUUAGAUGGGGGUCAUCCCAGCCCGAUACUUAAUCUAAUGUUCAUGCAGUUCGGGCAGUUUAUAGCUCACGAUACCAGCUCUGGAACAGUGUUUACUAUAGGAAAUGGCAGUGCUCUUACCUGUUGUACUCCCAAUGGCGAAGAUUUCCUACCUCAAGAGUUCCAGCAUUGGGGGUGUGCUCCAAUAGCCUCCGGCCCUGCAGAUGACUUUUAUGGCCAGUUCCAUCAUCAGUGCUUAAAUUUCGUGAGAGCUCAGUUAGCUCCAGCAAGUGACUGCUCUGUGGGAUAUGCUAAGCAGAUGAAUGGCGCAACGCACUAUCCAGAUUUGUCACAUUUAUAUGGAACUUCCGAUGAAAAAGUUGCUCAGUUGCGGGGUCCUGGUGGACUCUUGAAAACAUUUAAUGACUACGGACGAGAACUGCCUCCUCUCACGGAGAGAAAGGAAUGUGCUCAAACAGUUCAAACUUUCGGCUUAUCUCCGUCUCCUGGCUACUGUUCUUCUUAUGAUCACCUCGUGAAUCCAUCACUAACGGCAGAGUUCUCAACCGCUGCUAUGCGGUUUGGCCAUUCUGUCGUCGAUGGAAAGCUUACUAUUCCUGAUGUCAGAAGGGAUAAUGUUUACGAGAGCAUCUUCAUCCCGGAGUUAACCCGAUAUCUGUUUCACGGCGGCAAUCCAUUCGGGAUAGAUUUGGCUGCCAUCAACAUACAACGCGGAAGGGACUAUGGUGUCCGCUCGUACAACCAGUACCGACGACUGAUUGGAUUGGAACCUUUUAACAGCUUCAAUCAGUUCGCUCCUAACACUGCCCAAAGAUUAGCCUCUAUUUACGAGAGUCCAGAAGACAUUGAUUUAUGGGUAGGUGGUCUCCUCGAAGAACCGGUUGAGGGAUCAGUGGUGGGGAUCACCUUCGGACAUAUCCUCGCUGACCAGUUCUCAAGGAUCAAGAGAGGCGACCGAUACUUUUAUGAGAAUGGCCCGGACGUUAAUCCUGGAGCAUUUACACCAAGUCAAUUAGCAGAGAUAAAGAAAGUUACUCUCUCUAGAAUAAUAUGUGACAACAAAGACGGAAUAGAAUUAUUUGCACAACCACCAAACGCCUUUGUGCUGGGUAAUUUGCCAGGGAACGAGCCAGUGCCGUGUGAGAGUCUCGCUAUACCUGCUAUGGAUCUCAGUAGAUUUAAGGAAAUUUAA